UCGCACCUGUGGAGGCUCUCCUGGCUGACGCCGUCAUGAAGCCCCCAGCUUCCAGGAAACUUACUUUGCUGUCGCUCCUGUGGGGGCUCUCAGGUAUAUGGGCCCAGACCAGGGUAACCAGUCUAAGUGCUAACGAGGGUCAGAGGGUGGUUCUGAAGGCCUUGUACAAGCCGGACUCUGUCGUUGACCUGAGCACCAAGACUGUCGUCUGGAACUAUAAGGCGAACAACAACAACAACACCCAGCUGAUCAUCAGCUACACACAAGGAAAGAUCGAUUUAGGCUCCUCCCAGUUUGUGGGCCGUGCUGGUUUUGUUGCCAGCAUGCCCUCACAGGACGUGUCUCUGUACAUCAACAACACGCAGGACUCGGACUCAGGACACUACAUGUGUCAGAUCAUUCCUUUAUUUCUUGAGGAGUUUGACCUGGAUGUGAAAGUUCCUCCCUCUGUUCCUGAAUGCUCCGUGUCAGAGAAGCCGGUGCUGAAGGGAAACGUGACGCUGACGUGUCUGUCCAAAUCUGGGAAACCUGCUCCUCUCUACAAGUGGAAGAGAACCAGCCCCACCUCAGAGGUCUUCUUCUCACCGAUGCUCAAUGAGAAGACUGGCACUUUGAAGCUGACCAACCUGAGCCUUAACCUGUCAGGGAAGUACGUGUGCAACGCCAGCAACGCAGCUGGAUCAGAGAGCUGCUUCAUCAACCUGGAGAUCGUCGGCUCCAACAAAGUGGGGAUGAUCGUCGGAGCAACAGUUGGAUCAGUGCUGGGCUUCAUCCUCCUCCUCUUCAUCUGCGUGGUUUUCCUGUUUUUUUUCAAGAGGCGACGAGAAAACGAAGACGACAUGGCCAAUGAAAUUAAGGAGGAUGCUCAGGCCCCAAAACGAGUGUCUUGGGCAAAGAGCGGCAUGGGUUCUGAUGUCAUCUCCAAGAACGGCACUCUGUCCUCCGUCGGCUCCAGCCCCCACCACCGAGAGUCCUCCCACCACCAUAACAACCACCACCUGCAGCAGUACCCCCAGCACCCCGCCUCAGACUCCGCCUCCAUCAUCACAGCCACAGGAAGCACCGCCGGGUACCGGCCUCCCCGCCACCACGGCGCCUCCACUCCCACCCACUACAACUACAACAACAGCAGCACCCUCCCCCACGGACCGCCCGAGUCCUCGGAGCCCGGCACCAGGGGGGGUCCACCCUCAGUGCAGGAGCGCUACAGACCGCCCGAGUCCUUGGAGCCCGGCACCAGGGGGGGUCCGCCCUCAGUGCAGGAGCGCUACAGCCAGCUGCCCCAGGUCCUGGCUGCACCUCAGUCCUACGGCCUCUCCCCACCCCCUGCGCCCACCUUCACCGCCUCCAACAUCAGCCGCAUGGGAGGGGUGCCCAUCAUGGUGCCRGCUCAGAACCAGGCGGGGUCUCUGGUCUAAUGGGGGUGGUCUCAGAGCUUUGGCUGCUUCUCUGUAGAAACACAAAGAGUUGGAGGAACUCCAAGCUGCUGCUCUCCUCCUUCAGCCUCACRUCUUACAUUUCCUUCACUCUGUAUGUAAAGGUUUUAUUUUCAUACAGUUUGUUUUCACCGCUUCUUUUUCUACAGUUUUUCCUGCUUUAGUUGUUUUUAUAAGAAACUUUUAGAGAAACAGAUUUUUCUUCUGCUGCUGGCUGUCUUAUCAGCUGUGGCAUGAACAAACAAGGUGAUGUAAUCUCUUCUGCACUCUUUACUCUGUUUGUGAAGAGCCAGCAGAGGUUCACAAA